GCUUCUUUUAACAUUGCCAGCCCAGUUCUUCCCAUCUUUGCCUAGCCGGUGCUGGAGUUUCCGCCGUUCAUCGUGGAGAGUUGCUGUCGAGGGGGCACUCGGUGUUCGGGUCGUCAUGGCUGGUUACGAAUACGUGAGCCCGGAGCAGCUGGCCGGCUUUGAUAAGUACAAGUACAGUGCUGUGGAUACCAGUCCACUCUCUCUCUAUGUCAUGCAUCCAUUUUGGAACACUAUAGUAAAGGUAUUUCCUACUUGGCUGGCUCCAAAUCUGAUAACCUUUUCUGGCUUUCUGCUGGUUGUAUUCAAUUUUCUACUUAUGGCAUACUUUGAUCCUGAUUUUUAUGCUUCAGCACCGGGUCACAAGCAUGUACCUGACUGGGUUUGGAUUGUAGUGGGCAUCCUCAACUUCAUAGCCUACACCCUCGAUGGUGUAGAUGGAAAGCAAGCCCGCAGAACCAAUUCCAGCACCCCCUUAGGGGAGCUUUUUGACCAUGGCCUUGAUAGUUGGUCGUGUGUUUACUUUGUUGUAACUGUGUAUUCCAUCUUUGGACGAGGAUCGUCUGGUGUCAGUGUUUUUGUUCUUUAUAUCCUACUGUGGGUUGUUUUGUUUUCUUUCAUCCUGUCCCACUGGGAAAAGUAUAACACAGGGAUUCUUUUCCUGCCAUGGGGAUAUGACAUUAGCCAGGUGACUAUUUCUUUUGUCUACAUAGUGACUGCGAUUGUGGGAGUUGAGGCCUGGUAUGAACCUUUCCUGUUUAAUUUCUUAUAUAGAGACCUAUUCACUGCAAUGAUUAUUGGUUGUGCAUUAUGUGUGACUCUUCCAAUGAGUUUAUUAAACUUCUACAGAAGUUAUAAAAAUAACACCUUGAAACACUAUUCAGUCUAUGAAGCGAUGGUUCCCUUCUUUUCUCCAUGUUUGCUGUUCAUUUUGUGUACGGCGUGGAUCCUCCAGUCACCUUCAGAUAUUUUAGAGAUGCAUCCUAGGAUUUUCUACUUUAUGGUUGGAACAGGCUUUGCCAAUAUCACAUGUCAGCUGAUUGUUUGUCAAAUGAGCAAUACCAGAUGUCCAACUUUGAAUUGGUUGCUGGUUCCUCUCUUCUUGGUUGUCCUGGUGGUAAACUUUGGAGUUGCCUCUUACGUUGAGAGCUUUCUUCUGUAUAUGUUAACAACUACCUUCACUCUGGCCCACAUCCAUUAUGGAGUACAAGUGGUAAAGCAACUGAGCAACCAUUUUCAGAUUUACCCCUUCUCAUUGAAGAAACCAAACUCGGAUUGACUAGGAAUGGAAGAAAAGAAUAUUGGUCUGUAAUCUACAGAAAGAAGUACUGUAAAUAAGAUGCUUGUAAAUAUUUCAUCCAUCACCAUUGAACUAAACUGAUCUGCUUAACAGACAUGGGAACUCUGUGUGUGUGGUACUUGUACAGCAGGAACGAUACAUAUAAUCUGAACUUGUGGAAUUUGGAACCUACUAACUCCCAGCUUAUUUUAUUUUUUAUAAAACCAUGUGACGUUUUGGUUAAGCAUCAUGUAUAUUAGACCAGCAAAAUGUUCCUAGUAAUUUUAGGUUCAUGAUUCCAUGAUGUUUUGGUUCAUACAUUCAGAAAACCACAAUAUGUUUUCAUAUUUGGUACUUAGUAGUAAGUCUUUAGCGGUGGAAGCUAUCAGUAGUCCAUGUCUAAUAUAGGGAAAAGGUAAGAGCAAGUCACCUUCAGCAAGAGAUGCCAAAUGAUUACAGAACACUAUACAGGUUUGCCAAAUACUGCUUUCUCUUUCCCAUGGAAAUGCCCUUGUCCUAAUGUACUAAGAGAGCUAAGCAUAUAUAUAUGUGUAUUUAUACAUACAUAUAUGUAUAUAUAUCCAUAUAUAUAUAUUCUCUGGUAUUCGGGCUCUCUUUGUUAUGGAAUAGAUCUUGGUAAGGUAAAUGGUUUAAUUUUUAAAGAAAAAUAUUCUGUUGAGACUUAGUAGAGAAUGGAUUGUAAUUGUAGCUCACCCAUUGGCAUGGUUUAUUGUUUAAAUGUGGCAUUUCCCCCCCUCAGCUGCAAGUUGAUGAGAUUUGGUGCCUGUGAACUAUGAUAAAAUGAAUGCACAUGACAGUGUCAGUCUUAUGAUAAUUACUUGUGAGGAACAUAGAUAAACUUCCUUAUAAGAGAAAUUUACUUCGGGAUUAGGAAUCUCUUGAGCCUCUCACUAUGAAAUUCCUACUGUGAACCUCACUAGAAAAUUAGUUUUCUGAUUCAAUUUGUCCUUUUUUCCUUCUUCUCUUUCCCUCCGCCUCUUUGUGUGGAGGGGAGAGUGCUGUGUUUUUUAUUUUAUUCAGGACAAAGAUGUAGAGAACUUAUCUCUUCCCCAACUUGCUCACCUCCCCUCUUGAAGAAAAUUUUUGAUAUAUAUGUCUUACUGAGAACAUACUCCCUUAAUAUGACUUAGAGUAAUUUUUGAGGUUUGCUGACAAACAUAAAAAUCUCUGACUUUAGUAUGAUUUUAUAGAUCACACCUUUUCAUGAAUGUGGAUAUUUUCCUUUAUUUCUUUUUGACUUUUUCUCCAUUUAUUUUGGUGGUGGUGAAAUUUACUUCCUACUUUUCUUUAUUUUCCCCUGAAUGAAGUUUGUGCUUGAAUGAAGAGUGUAUCUUAAACCCUUUUUUUGGAUGGAUUGCACUUGGAUAAAAUAGGCACCACUAUGUUGAUAUGUAAUUACCUUCAUAACCAUUACUUAUCUAUGAAUGUGGCCAUCUUUAAAUUUAAUUAUAAUGUAUUCCUUUGUUAAAUUUCUGUCUGCUGUUUUGUAAAAAUAACUAUGUAAUUGAUAUUUCAAUUUUUAAAUUUGUAAAUUCUAAUCAUUGUCAUCUAGGUUAUUAGAAAUGAAGAGUCAAGGAGCUAACUCAUGAUUCUGUACUCAAUUUUAAAAAGGUAAAGAUUGAGGUAUUUUUGAUGACCUUCUCUGAGACAAAAAUGAACACUGAAAAUAGGUGACAAAUUGAUUCAGGAAAAUGUGCGUAGUGAUUCCAUGUUUGUUAAUAAGUUGUCAUGAUGGAGGUCAGAGAACGAACCAAUUAAGUGAAGGUAACACAAUUUUUUGUAUACUUUGUGUCAUCUUAGAAUUGAACUGGAUAAAGUGUUAAUUUGGACUGGGAACAAAGCUUUGUUUUAAGAUUUCUAGGCUAAUCAUUUUACUAUUUUUUUGACUUUGUACAUGAGAAUGAGAUUAAUCUGUAUUAUAUAAAAAAGGAACUGAUAAAUAUUUUAAAAAAUGACACAUUUGGACCACAGGCUUUCUUCACCUUGUACAGUAUAGUAAAAAAAAAAUACCCGGCACUUCUGGCAUAGGGUCAUGUCCUAUAAUUUUGGGGCUAU